GCUACUGUCAGAAACAGAGUUAAGCUCAGCAGGCACCAGGAGAACGGAGUGGAGAGAAGCUCCCAGCCUUAGGAAUAACCAAGCAGCACUGCUGUCAAGGCCUCCACAGGGACGUCUCUCUGCUACCUCAGCAAGCCCUGACUUUCCUCCCUGUUGGCUACUCGCACCUCCAGUUAGAGAACAUACAGGGAUUAUUAAGUAUGGUGCACCACAAUAGCUGACUUCAUCAACAGGUCAGCUGAAAAGUCUACCCCUCUGCCUCAGGGCUGUACUGGCCUCAAGCUCCAAGAAUGACUGCUGAAAAACUGGAAUACAAACUGUCUGGAUGAAGAGGACUGAUUUAAAGGACUGUUGCUGCUUAAGAUUUUUUUUAAAUAGGUGUUUUUAAGAACAGAAAUUUUGAUCUGGCAGCAUUUACUCACAACGCUACAAGCUGGAGCAGAUGGCUAGACCGCUUUCUCCCAUGUCAGAGAUGGAGGGUCAUGGUUAUGACCGGUUUGGAGAUGGAGAGAGAGACAACUAUCAGAUUGACUACAGGAGGAUUGUGGGGGAUAUGGAGCCUGCACGGCCUCGUAUCACAAAUAGAGAUGGGGAACAACCUCAUCCCUAUGGAGCCUACAGCCACCCAACACCACAUGGACAUGGACAUGAGACUGCCGCUCAGCGAUACAGUGCAACACGUAUCCAAGCAGGAUAUGAACCAGAGAGCAUGGCUGACUACUUAAUCAGUGGAGGCACAGGCUAUGUGCCUGAAGAUGGAUUAACAGCACAGCAACUCUUUGCUAUUGGUGAUGGACUUACAUAUAAUGACUUCUUGAUCCUACCUGGUUUCAUAGACUUUACUUCUGAUGAAGUGGAUCUCACCUCAGCACUGACAAGGAAGAUAACACUGAAGACACCUCUUAUUUCAUCCCCCAUGGAUACAGUAACAGAGUCAUCCAUGGCCAUUGCCAUGGCACUGAUGGGUGGAAUAGGAAUUAUUCAUCAUAACUGUACUGCAGAGUUCCAGGCGAAUGAGGUGCGCAAAGUCAAGAAAUUUGAGCAAGGCUUUAUCACAGACCCUGUCGUAAUGAGUCCCCGUCACACAGUGGGGGAUGUGUUUGAGGCCAAGAUACGCCACGGUUUCUCUGGGAUUCCUGUCACAGAGACUGGCAAGAUGGGGAGCAAGUUGGUCGGCAUAGUUACCUCCAGAGAUAUAGACUUUCUGUCAGAGAAGGACCAUGACAGACCCUUAGAGGAGGCAAUGACAAAAAGGGAAGAUUUAGUUGUUGCACCAGCUGGAGUCACUUUAAAAGAGGCUAAUGAUAUUCUGCAACGUAGCAAAAAAGGUAAGUUGCCCAUUGUGAAUGACAGUGAUGAGCUGGUUGCCAUCAUUGCUAGGACGGACUUAAAGAAGAACAGAGAUUAUCCUCUGGCGUCCAAGGACUCCCGCAAACAGCUGCUAUGUGGCGCUGCCAUUGGUACCAGAGAGGAUGACAAAUACAGGCUUGACCUCCUCAUGCAGGCUGGAGUGGAUGUAGUAGUUUUGGAUUCCUCUCAAGGAAACUCAGUUUAUCAGAUUAAUAUGAUCAACUACAUCAAACAGAAAUAUCCAGAACUUCAGGUGGUUGGAGGAAAUGUGGUGACAGCUGCUCAGGCUAAAAACCUCAUAGAUGCUGGUGUGGAUGCCCUAAGGGUGGGAAUGGGCUGUGGCUCCAUCUGUAUCACACAGGAAGUGAUGGCAUGUGGACGACCUCAAGGUACAUCAGUUUACAAGGUGGCAGAGUAUGCCCGACGUUUUGGAGUUCCAGUAAUCGCUGAUGGAGGCAUUCAGACUGUGGGACAUGUAGUAAAAGCACUGGCCCUGGGUGCAUCUACAGUGAUGAUGGGAUCGUUGCUCGCAGCAACGACUGAGGCUCCAGGAGAGUAUUUCUUUUCGGAUGGUGUGCGACUGAAGAAAUAUCGAGGAAUGGGCUCCUUGGACGCUAUGGAGAAAAACAACAGUCAGAAACGUUACUUCAGUGAGGGAGAUAAGGUGAAAGUGGCUCAAGGUGUUUCAGGAUCAGUACAAGAUAAAGGCUCCAUCCAUAAAUUUGUCCCGUACCUCAUAGCUGGUAUUCAACAUGGCUGUCAGGAUAUAGGGGCCAAGAGUUUGUCUAUUUUACGUUCGAUGAUGUACUCUGGAGAACUGAAGUUUGAGAAGCGAACCAUGUCUGCCCAGAUGGAGGGGGGAGUUCAUGGCCUCCAUUCAUAUUCUUUUGUGCCAUUUACGAGAAGCGGCUAUACUGAGACAGGAGGAAGAGGAAACUCUCGAUCAAUACCCAACAUCCCAACCCCAGCAGCUAUGAGCAGAUGCAGCGGGCGCAUGUGAUUAAACUACAACCUUAAAGCUGACCUUGCCGUACAGCAUUUACAUUUGAAAACUCUUUUCAGUAUCCUGUUUUCUUGUUCCUGUCCGACCCAUCUGUGAUUCUUUGAAGGAGAGACUAAAAAAUGCACUUAUACCAGAGUCUAAAGUUCAAUGGAGGACAGGGUUAGAGAGGACAACCACAUAACAUGAUGUAAUUGUCACACCCUUUGUCUUUAACCUCCUGUGGCCAUGAUGAAGGUAAUAUAAUUAACUAUUCUGUGUAUCCUGUUCAGCAAACACAACAUGCUUACCAUUGCUAAUCUAGUGAGAGGCUCAGGAGUAUAGAGCCAAUCCUUUCAUGAUGCUUUUGCGGACAAAUCCAGGCAGUCAGAUGAGGUUAUGUAGAGUAAAUAAGCAAACUUCCUAAUGUUUUAAAUGUUUAACAUUUUAUUUCAUUAGAAGAGGAAAACAACACAAAAGUUUAAUAGCUUUAAAACAACAGCUAUUUGCUGACGUUGAAAGGUUCCAGAAGUGUAAACUAAUCCCAGUAUAUAUGUAGCCACGGUCAAAUGUAUCUACCUUGAAGAUGUACAUAAAGCUUACAGAGAUAGGAGUAAAGUUAUAAUACAUAUUGUACAGUUAUGAACUUUGAUUCUUGCUGCACAGGUUAGCCGUUUGAGCAGCUCUCAGUGUCACUGCUCCAAACGGUUAUCAUUUCUUCUAUUAAAUACUGGGAAAGUGCUGUGCUCUGAUCACCCUGCAGGUAAUUUCACUCUCAGCUGUAUAUUUUGCUGAUCUUUGACUGUUGCAACACUACAGGGACCAAAGCUUAGCAUCAGCCUUAAUUUUCACAUUCAUGUAUGUAUAUAACAAGGAGCACCUUAAAGGACCAGAUGUGUGUAACACUCAUUGUUAUUUGGAGGAGACACUGAACAACAACACAUUUCAGCGAUUUUCCAAAAAAGAGAGGAUGUACGUUUUACUUUACAGUCAUGGAACUCCAAAAAUUAAACCCAUUUCUUACUCAUAAUAAAAAUGGGUAUCAGUAUACCUUGGCUUCAUGCAUGUUGGGAUUUUCUAUAAUUUCAGUUUGCAAAGACACAAUAUUAAUAAUAUGGCUAUAGACUGUAUAUAAUGCAUUAUAAAUAUAAUUAUCUGUCUAUUUCAAGGCUCAGUAUUUAAAAAUGAAAUGGUGAGUCUAUGAAAAGUGCUAUGGAAUAGAAUAGUAACAAACUGAUUACCCAGGAUAGAUCUGUAGUAAAAAGUUUUUUUCUUUUUUCUCAUGUUGGAUAUUUUUGAAACAACUUCCAUUUCAUUUACAAAUCAAAUAUGCUCCCUUGCCAUAUUCUUGUAGUUUACAUUUACCCCAGACAAGAUAAUUUUCUCCUCCUCCAACAGUCACUAAGAGGUUUGAAAAGUAUAUUUCUACUGUAAAUAAUGUCGCAUUGAAUAAAGAUAAUUUUUUCAAGGGC